AUGGCCGCGAUUUUAACCACCAUCCAAAACCUCGCCGGCGCUGUGCAGGGAAAGGCCCAGAAUGUCCUCGAUGGCGUCUUUCCGCCCGAGAAGCGAGCAGAGCUCUUCGCUAAGCUGCAGGCAUUUGCCGUCAAUAAUCCCAAACUCUCUGCAUUCCUCCUCACGAAUUUCGCCCUGACCGGCCUGCCGCUCAUUAUGUUCGCCGUUUUUACUCUUACCGUUUUCGUCUUCUCCCUGGUCGCCGCCCUACUUGUCGCCCUCCUCGUUGCCCUUCUCUUCACUGCGUUCAUGGUCGGUGUCGCCCUCUUGGUUAUGUUGCCUACCAUUUUCCUCACCACCAUGGGUGCUUCCUUCCUGUUCUUGUGGGGUCUCGGCGGCUACUACAUCAUGAAGUGGUUCAACGAGGGAGGAGAUUCGCCUGCUCCAAAGGGUGCUGCUAUCGGCGAUAAGCUGAACAGCCUGACUGGCGGCAGGCUUGACUUCUUGAUGAACGAUGCCCGGAGCCAGGCAUACAAGAACGAAGCCAACAAAAAGGAUGACGACGGCGAAAAGAACGCCAACGGCUCACCCAAGGAAAAGCGCCAGCCCAGGAAAAUCAAUCAAGCCGCCGACGUCGGAAACGCGAAGGACCAAGUCGAGAAGACUGCCAACACCGAUGGCGUCAAGAAGAGAGUCGGAAACACUACCGGCACAGCUACCAACGCUCCUGGCACUGCCACUGGUGCUGCUGGAGCUGCCAAUGGUGCCGUUGGAGGUGCUACUGGUCUGACUUGA